CAGACAGUGAAGUGAACAAACACAUUUCAUUCGUUGAUUCCUUUGCUUUGCUUCACUCUUUUUCUCUUCCGAUCCGCGUAAUUUUAACCUAAUUCAUCCCUCUUCGUGUAUAUAAACCACCAUAAAAAUUGGGGAUUAGUUUAUUCUGUGUAGACGGAGUCGCAGAGAAUUGAAGGACACAAAGGCACCUCCUCCUAGUCACUUUGUACGGUUGGAGAACAAGAGGGCUAAAAAUAAUCUUUAUAUGAGAAAGAGAACAAGGAUGCGUAGGUGGCUGUGCUGCACUUGUCAAGUAGAGGAGUCCUAUCAUCCCAAUGAAAACGAACACCUCAAGAGCCCAAGAGAUAAUGCUGAUGGGCAUCAAAGAGGUUCAAAGGUAUCUGCUCCCGUGAAACCUGAAGUUCAGAAGGAAGUACCUUCUAUCGAGGUACCUUCACUCUCCCUUGAGGAACUAAAAGAGAAAACCGACAAUUUUGGAUCAAAGUCACUAAUUGGCGAAGGAUCAUAUGGGAGAGUUUACUUCGCACAAUUGAGUGAUGGGAAAGAGGUUGCUGUCAAGAAGCUUGAUGUAUCUUCUGAGCCUGAUUCAAAUGUUGAGUUCUUGACUCAGGUUUCGAUGGUGUCAAGAUUGAAGCAUGAUAAUAUUGUUGAAUUGCUCGGCUACUGUGUUGAUGGAAAUCUUCGCGUCUUAGCUUAUGAAUUUGCCACCAUGGGAUCUCUUCACGACAUUCUACAUGGAAGGAAAGGGGUGCAAGGGGCACAACCUGGUCCAACACUCGACUGGAUACACCGGGUUAGAAUUGCUGUUGAUGCUGCCAGGGGUUUGGAGCAUUUGCAUGAGAAGCUUCAGCCAUCAAUAAUUCAUAGAGAUAUCAGAUCCAGCAAUGUGCUUCUUUUUGAAGACUACAAGGCCAAGAUUGCCGACUUUAAUCUCUCAAACCAAGCUCCUGACAUGGCUGCCCGACUUCAUUCUACUCGAGUUCUGGGAACCUUUGGUUAUCAUGCUCCAGAGUACGCAAUGACAGGACAAUUGACACAGAAGAGCGAUGUUUAUAGCUUUGGGGUUGUUCUGCUUGAGCUUUUGACUGGAAGGAAGCCUGUUGAUCAUACCAUGCCUCGUGGACAGCAGAGUCUUGUUACUUGGGCCACACCAAGAUUGAGUGAGGACAAAGUGAAACAAUGUGUUGACCCAAAACUCAAGGACUAUCCGCCUAAAGGGGUAGCCAAGUUGGCAGCUGUUGCAGCAUUGUGUGUGCAGUACGAAGCAGAGUUCCGGCCGAAUAUGAGCAUUGUUGUGAAGGCUCUGCAGCCCCUUCUGAGGUCGACUGUCCCUGCUCCUGAGACAAGUUGAAUUGCGAUGUUUGGAUCAAUUAUGACAUGCAUGAGGUGCCGCCUAUUUCUUCAGCCUUUGCUUCCCUGGGUUUGACAUGUACUUGGGUUUCUGUCGCGAUUCGUUUUCUUUUGUUGGUAGUGAUGUAUUGUAUGUCAUGACUGAGGAUGUAUGCGAUUGACUACUUUGCUGCUUAGGCAAAAAGAUUUACGCCAUAAACAUGGAAUACCCUUAUUUUUUAAAUCUUUUCAAUUUGUUUGGAUUGAUUGUGAAUGUGACAGUGGUUGGAAAUGCAGAAGCUUCUAUUUUUUUUAGUA